UCGAAUAACCUCGCCGACUUGCGAAUCAAGAGCAUUGUGUGUGCUGCCUGACUGGAAAUUCGACUCUAGGAUAUCCGCAAUGAGCGGAAGUUCACCGCCGACGAGCGCUUUGAAGCCUGGAGGCGACCGCGCUCGCGUGGCCUGCAAAGCGUGCAGGUCCAGACGGGUCAAAUGUGACGCAGGGGACGCUCAUCCCUGCUGGCAAUGCCGAACACGCCAAAUCCCUUGCGAAAUUGUAGAAUCUAGGAGGGGCAAAUACAUCCGCAAAAAACGCAACUUACAACAAAAGCAAUCUCGGGCUCAAUCUCAACAAGUACAGGCCGCGAGAACUGAUCAGGACUCAGCCGAGCAAGAGACAGAAGCCCCGAACGAAGUCUUCAUCGAAGACGGCAGCUUCACUAACAGCCCCGUCACGUCCGAUGAAAUCAGCAACGAUGGUCAACUCCAGCCAAGCCAAACACAAAAGAAUCAAAGACAACAUCCAUGUUCAGUAGAUCUCAGUCUGUCUUACAUCGUCGAAGUUGUCCACAGACCGAAAGAUGGCUCAACCGAGCCCGUCAAAGUCCACUAUCCUAUUCCGGCUUGCAUAGCAGACCAGUCGGCCUACAAUCAUGUGCCCAAGGUCAUAGAGACAAUUUCUCUUCAAGAAGCUCUCACAAUGCCGGCUCCGCACAUCGCAGACCAACUCAUUCGCCCUUUCUUCGAGAUCAUGCACCCGGCGUAUCCCGUGUUCGACCGAGAGAGCUUCUCGCGACAGUACCGCCAAGGCCAGGCGUCGCCUUUAGUCCUGCAGGCCAUCUUCCUGCUCGGUUUUACUGUAUGCGAUGACAGUCUCAUUGAGGAAGCCGGCUUCAGCGAUAGAGCUACUGCAAGGAGAACGCAUUAUCUUCGCGCCAAAGCUCUUUACGAUGCGGAGUAUGAGAGUGAUCACAUGAACCUUGUGGCUGUUAUGCUGCUUCUAGGUUUCUGGUGGGCUGGCCCGGAAGAUCAAAAGGACAAUUGUUACUGGGUCAACUGUGCCGCGACUAUGGCUCAGUCCCUCGGCAUGCACAGGUCCAUGUCACACUCAGCCUUGAGUCCACGAAUGCGAUCACUCAGAAAGAGGAUUUGGUGGGCCAUCUACACCCGCGAUAGACACACCGCUGCAGCAUUCGGUCGACCAUGUCGAAUUCGUGACGAGGACUGCGAUAUAGAGCCUCUAACCGAUGAGGACUUUGAGUUUGAUAAGAACGGCGAUGAAAGACUAAUUCCAGCUCAGCACAAGUACCACGUAUCAUAUGUCAUGGAAAUGGCGAGGCUAACUACGAUAUUGGGGGAUAUAAUCGUUUCAGAGUUUAGCCCACGGCGGGCUAUGAUUGAGAAGUAUGAAGCAAAAUCGCUCAAGAAAGAGCUCCGCCGUUGGAAUUCAAGUCUGCCGGAGCACCUGAGUCCGGCGCCGCUCGAUGGGUCUCUCGGUGCAUCAUUCUGGGCCAGUAUGGUUCAGUUCACCUACCAAUACUGCCACAUCCUCCUGUUCAGACCGAAGGCUAUCGAUAACCUCACGCCGGCAGAGGCAGAAAGAGACAAGCAAGCUCGCAUGGCGGCGGACGCCAUCACUCGUAAUGCAGAAGACCUUCUCGCCGCCGAGACUAUCAGAUCUGCACAGAUCCAUCUUGUUCCGACUCUGUUUGGCGCCCUUUCCAUCCAUACCAUCGUCAUCUGCCGCAAAGAUCCAAUCCGUCGACAACUAGCUGAAAACAAAUCACGACAGUGCCUACUGGCUUUGAGUCAGCUGUCAAAGUCCUGGCCUGUCCGCCUAUGGAUCUCAAAGUCAUUCGUCAGUCUAAUGAGGAGACUCACUGGUCAGGGGUCUAUAGUCAACGUGACAUCCAGCAUUCACGGCCCAAAUUACCGGACGUUUGCCCCGCAGUACGCGGGCGAAGAAACCAACCCAGCUAUGUUGGAUUCUUUCCACAGUACUGGUGAAGUAGGCACGGAAACCGCGGGCCUCAAUACAGCUCAACCAGAAGCACCACCGGGACAAGAGAGCUUUCAUCAGGCAACUGAUCAGAUGUUUUAUGAUACUUUCUGGGCAGAUUACCUGGAUAACACCUUUGAUGUUGAUCUUCUUAUACAUUCUCACUCAGGCUUUCCUAGCAAUCCUCUCGGGCAGUAAAGGGAGGUAGUUAAUCAGGUGGAAUACGGACAGGCGGAUCCGCGGAGGAUUUAGAAGGAUCACUUGCAGACAUCUUGAUUCUAUCAGUAUGAUUCAGUACAAUAAGUAAACUAUUCGUCCGUGUUUGUCCACUGAGGCAGUCAUUGCUCCCCAAUAUAC